AUGAACAGAUUGAACCAAUUACUGGGCCAACUUUCCGCCAACAAGGCUGAUGCCAUCAGACAAAAGAACCCUGAUGAUGUCGUUAUUGUCGGUGCUUACAGAACCGCUAUUGGAAAGGGUGGUAGAGGUAGCUUUAAAGAUACUGGAUCUGACUAUCUCUUAACCCAAUUGUUUUCUGCCUUUUUAAAGAAGACUGGUGUUGAUGCGAGUUUGAUUGAAGAUGUUGCUGUUGGUAACGUUUUGAACAGAGCUGCUGGUGCCACAGAACACAGAGCCGCUUCCUUGGCUUCUGGUAUUCCUGAUACAGCCGCCUUUGUCGCUCUCAACAGACAAUGCUCUUCUGGUUUGAUGGCCAUCAGUGACAUCGCCAACAAGAUCAAGUGUGGUGAAAUUGAUUGCGGGUUGGCUGCUGGUGUUGAAUCUAUGUCUUUGAACUAUGGUCCACAAGCCAUUCCAAAGCUUGAUCCUCACGUGGAAGAAAACGAAGGGGCCAAGAAGUGUUUGAUUCCUAUGGGUAUCACCAACGAAAACGUUGCCGAAAAGUAUAACAUUUCAAGAGAAGUACAAGAUGAAUUUGCGGCUAACUCAUAUGCUAAGGCCAGUGAAGCUGUUGCUUCUGGUAAGUUCAAGGAUGAAAUUUUACCUAUUGAAGUCACCAUUGCUGAAGAAGAAGAAGACGACGAUGGAGAGGAUAAGGUUGUCUACAAGAAGGUUGUUGUUGACACCGAUGAAGGUCCAAGACAAGGUGUUACUGCUGCUAAGUUGGCUAAGUUGAAGCCUGCCUUUAAGCCAACUGGUGUUACCCAUGCUGGUAACGCAUCUCAAGUUUCUGAUGGUGCUGCUUGUGUUCUUUUGAUGAGAAGAUCAUUGGCCGAAUCUAAGGGAUACCCAAUUCAAGGUAAGUUUGUGUUGUGCUGUUCCGUCGGUGUCCCACCAGAAAUCAUGGGUGUUGGACCUGCUUAUGCUAUUCCAAAGGUUUUGCAAAAGUCAGGUUUGACUGUAGAUGAUGUUUCGGUCUUUGAAAUCAAUGAAGCCUUUGCUGGUCAAUGCUUGUUCUCUCAAAAGCAAUGUAACAUUCCUGAUGCUAAGUUGAACCCUAAAGGUGGUGCUAUUGCCUUGGGUCACCCAUUGGGAUGUACCGGUGCCAGACAAUAUGCAACUAUCUUGAGAGAAUUGCAACCUGGUGAAAUUGGUGUGACUUCUAUGUGUAUUGGUACUGGUAUGGGUGCAGCAUCUGUGUUGGUCAAGGAGUAA